UUGUCUCACCCUAAUCAUAUCUAUCUAUCUAUCUAUCCCAUUCCAUUCAUAUCUAUCUAUCUCAUUCCAUUCAUAUCUAUCUAUCUAUCUCAUUCCAUUCAUAUCUUUCUAUCCUAUUCCAUUCAUAUCUAUCUAUGUAUCUAUCUAUCCUAUUCCAUUCAUAUCUAUCUAUGUAUCUAUCUAUCCUAUUCCAUUCAUAUCUUUCUAUCCUAUUCCAUUCAUAUCUAUCUAUGUAUCUAUCUAUCCUAUUCCAUUCAUAUCUAUCUAUGUAUCUAUCUAUCCUAUUCCAUUCAUAUCUAUCUAUGUAUCUAUCUAUCCUAUUCCAUUCAUAUAUAUCUAUGUAUCUAUCUAUCCUAUUCCAUUCAUAUCUAUCUAUGUAUCUAUCUAUCCCAUUCCAUUCAUAUGUAUCUAUCUCAUUCCAUUCAUAUCUAUCUAUCUAUCUCAUUCCAUUCAUAUCUAUCUAUCUAUCUCAUUCCAUUCAUAUCUAUCUAUCUCAUUCCAUUCAUAUCUAUCUAUCUCAUUCCAUUCAUAUCUAUCUAUCUAUCUCAUUCCAUUCAUAUCUAUCUAUCUAUCUCAUUCCAUUCAUAUCUAUCUAUCUAUCUCAUUCCAUUCAUAUCUAUCUAUCUCACUCUAAUCAUAUCUAUCUAUUUACCUCAUCUGACAGAUCCUUGGGGUGGUAAUGGUGAUUGCAACAUAUUACUUGGGCCACAAAAAGGGCAAGAAAAAAAUGAAAAUUUUUUAUCUUAG